CGCGGUACCACCACGUCCAAAACGUUUGGAGCCCUUUUCCUAAUCUUGCUGCUACCGCGCGCUCCCUCUCCCCGGCCAUUUCUCUCAUUUCGCCCUCCCUCCGCCGGCUAGGGUUACUGCCACCGCCUUCCACCCCUCCCCGACUGCCCGUGGGUGGAGGAGGCUGGUUGGCGUGCAGGGUACCUCGGCGGCGGAGAUGGAGCCGGACUUCUCGACCGUGGGCGGGCCCAGCUUUGAGUUCGCUUUCAACGAGGCCAACUUCUCCGACCGGGAAUUGCGGAUCGAGGUCGUCGCGGGGGAUUACGACGCGCCGGGGUCCACUGGCGGCGGUUCCGGAGGAGGUGGCCUCGCCGACUGGGCGCGCCAUCGGAAGCGCCGACGCGAGGAGCUCUUCAAGGAGAAAGGUGAUGAUGAGCAAGGUAUUGAUCCAUCUUGGGCUGCUGUGGUUACGCCGGUUUUACGAGUCAAGACAAUUUAUAUCAGUUCGGCGAUUCUUGCUGCGAAGAGUCCUUUCUUUUUCAAGCUUUUCUCAAACGGCAUGAAAGAAUCGGACCAGAGACAUGCAACCCUUAGAAUUACUGACUCAGAGGAAAUUGCCCUCAUGGAGCUUUUAAGCUUUAUGUAUAGUGGAAAGUUGACAACUACUGAGCCCACUCUUCUUCUGGAUAUCUUGAUGGCUGCCGACAAAUUUGAGGUUGUUUCAUGCAUGAGGUACUGCAGCCAGUUGCUCACAAGCUUGCAGAUGACCACAGAAUCUGCACUUCUCUACCUAGAUCUCCCUUGCUCAGUUUCAAUGGCAGCUGCAGUUCAACCUCUGACAGAUGCAGCUAAGGAUUUUCUCGCUGUAAAGUACAAGGAUUUGAUUAAGUUCCAAGAUGAAGUGAUGAACAUCCCUCGUGCUGGAAUCGAAGCCAUCUUGUCAAGUAAUGACCUCCAGGUGGCAUCUGAAGAUACCAUCUAUGACUUCUUACUCAGAUGGGCCCGUGCACAAUACCCGAAAUCAGAAGAGAGACGUGAGGUCCUUAGUUCUCGGCUGCUCCCUCUUGUGCGAUUCAGUCAUAUGACGUGUAGGAAGCUGCGGAAGGUCCUAGCCUGCACAGAUAUAGACCACGAGCAAGCAACCAAGUGUGUCACCGAGGCUCUUCUGUUCAAAGCUGAUGCACCACACCGGCAACGAGCUCUUGCAGCGGACGCAAUAACCUGCCGGAAAUUCGCCGAGCGGGCUUACAAGUACAGACCACUCAAAGUUGUUGAGUUUGAUCGGCCCUACCCACAGUGCAUAGCAUACUUGGAUCUCAAGCGCGACGAGUGCUCUCGACUCUUUCCUGCAGGGCGGAUAUACUCGCAAGCGUUCCACCUUGCAGGGCAGGGUUUCUUCCUCUCGGCUCACUGUAACAUGGAGCAGCAAAGCGCGUUCUACUGCUUCGGGCUCUUCCUGGGGAUGCAAGAGAAGGGCUCCACGAGUGUGACAGUGGACUACGAGUUCGCUGCAAGGACGAGACCAUCCGGCGAGUUUGUGAGCAAGUACAAGGGUAACUACACAUUCACCGGUGGAAAGGCUGUUGGAUACAGGAAUCUCUUUGCAAUCCCAUGGCAGAAGUUCUUGGCCGAUGACAGCCUCUUCUUCGUGGAUGGGAUGCUGCAUCUGAGAGCCGAGCUUACGAUAAAGCAACCCUAGAGCAAUGGUCUCUGUAUAGUGGUAGUUGUUACGACAGAUGAAAAAGAUAUCGGAUGGGAAACCUCACGAGUUCCAGUUCGCUGCAAGUUUCCAGAUUUGCCGGUAUCUCACUGCCAAUGAGCUUGUUUGCCUCCGUAACGGCGCAGGGUGUAUAAUGGCUUAUUUAUUCCUAGUAUAUACAAAUACAAGUUGAUGAGA